AUGUUACACGAAGAAGUUCGCGGUAUAAUACAUGUAUACGGGCCUGCAAUUCUGAAUGUAAGCGUCUUUUUGAUGUGACUCGAAAUGCGAACUAAAUUGUGUUUUCAGAACGUAUACAAUAGGCAGGCAGAAGCCGCAUGAGUGAAAGGGUAAUGACGCGCAGAGGAGGUGAUCAUCACAGUGUUUUUUUAACAAAUGGCUCUAUCCGAGGUGCACGAUGUAGCUACGAUUAUUAGCAACAAUUGUUUCAGUGUUGACAAGAUGAAUUUGGAAGAUGAGGACAAUCAAGAUUUAAACAAUUCCAUGGUCAAUGAUUUAGUUUCCAAAAUUCUCGAUGAUGACUCUACCAUCAUUGAUCAUACUUAUAACAAUAGCUAUAAUAGCAAUUUUCCGUUUUUAUCAUUACCUCAUUUUUGCAAUGUCAAUAGAAUGGAGGAUAAUUUAAAAAUUCCUCAAAAUGAUGCAAUUGAUUGUAAUGAUCAUUAUACACUGAACAAAUUGAUGAACAAUAGUUGUAACUCAAAUAUAAUUGAUCAAAAUUCUAGUAAUCUUUGUCAAGAGUUAAGAACAUUAAGUCUGAAUGGAUGCAUGGAACAACCUAUUAUAUCAGCAGAUCAAAGAAAUUUAUAUAGUAGUGGAAUGUUAAGAAGCGGAUAUACUAGUAAUUCUCAUCAAUUUGCUGCACACUCUACCAAUGAAAGUUGCUGUAGUAUAACUAAUCCAUCAGUUUGUAACGCUUUACUGACAACAGCAGAUGAAAUAAAUUAUACAAAACAGUCUUCUAGUUGGCCAGAAACUUUAAUGACUCCAGUAACUACACAAGAUACGCUCACAAAUUAUCAACGGAUUCGAACAUCUAUUGAUUCAGAUUUAAAUUUUAAUGAUGCUUUAAAUUUAGCCUCAGAAUCACCAAAUUUGACUGUUAUGAAUGAAGCAGUAUACUAUAAUAGCUUUAGAUCAAGUGCACCUUUAAAUUUACACGAUAAUCCUACAGUUGCGACUCAUGAUUUGUACAAUAUGACUGGAAAUAAUCAAACUUAUAGACCAAAUUCAACAAUGAUAAAUCUUAACACGGAUGCUUCUUUUGGAACAAGUUCUCCACUGCAGCAUUUCACUUCUAGUGAUAUAACUCUGCAGAAUUGUUUUGGAAAUAAUACUCAACACAAUGGUAUUGCAGAGUACAAAGAUUUAUACGAACCUAUUAGAUUAAGUACCGGAAAUGUUACUAUGAAUAAUGAACAAGUUUGCUUACUACAGCAGCAAACAUCUAAUUAUCAAAUAGAUCGAUCUGUGGACCAAAACCAUAAGCAUCCAAUUGACUGUUUUCCUUGUACUAAUGAAUGUGCUGUGCCAUCUAUUAAUGAUUUAGACACAAAUGAGAAUAUUUGCAUUAGUAGCAAUUAUGACCAUAGAACUGAUAAUAAUUUAUUAAAGAUUAUAAAUACUAAGCCAAAGACUAUGGAGACAAAAAUGUACUCCUCUAUCGGUUUUCCAAAAAAUAUAAGCUCGCGAGAUGAAAAUGAGGCAAUAGUUAAAUAUGAUUAUCAUAAUUAUCAACAUAAUGUUACAAAAAAUGUGGAGAACUUGAAAACACUGUCGCAAAACUUUACGCCGUAUCACAAGGAUUUGAAGCAAUCUCAUACUAAUCCUGCAUAUAAAAUGCAAUCAUGUGGUUCAUCUGAUAAAGUGGCUUUUACAUCAAGAAAUCGUUUGACCAAUAAGAUUAAUGAAUCUGCUCUUGGAAGAGAUGUUUUCAAUUAUGUCAUAAAACAACAUCAAAUGCCAAGUGUUCAAAAUAUAUCUAGUAUUCCACCACCUGAUAUAAUGUUUAAUUCAACUUUAAUACCAAAUAUGACUGCUGGAAGACCUGGAUUAUUCUCUCCAAUGAUGCCAGUUCCUGUUCCACUUCCUAUUCCACCUAUUUACUCAAUGUUAUAUGGUGGAGGACUCAAUCUUAAAGGCAGUAAUACUAUAGCAAGACGCACAGGUCCAUCAAGUAUAUUGCAUCUUAGAUUAGAACAAACUUAUGAACAAUUUAAACAAUUAGAAAAAGAAAGGAAGAAAUGUGAGGCUGGAUUGGCUGCACAGUUUCCUGGAAAAAGAGUAACCAGUGCAAAUAAUAUACCUAUUCCACGACUUCAAGGAAAUCCAUCAAGAGUAGAUCGAUUAAUUAUUGAUUAUCUACGAGAACAUGCCCGGGUGAUCACAUUAAUAGCAAAAAUGGAAUGCUUGCGUGGAAGUUCAAUGAAUCAACGUAUACACAAGGCAAUGCAGUAUUGGCUAGAAGCAAUCAAAUUUGUUCAAGACUGUCGAAAGCAGGAGAUCGCGAAUGCUACCAAACGUCAAAAAGAAAAUCCUCAUUGCAUUCUCGUCUAUAAUGAUAAUGAUAUAUUAACUCUGGCCAACAGUGUUCAUGAAUUGACAAAGGCAUCUCGUUAUGCAAGAAGUGGUAUGUACAAUGCAAUGCAAGCCACGUUGCUGUGCGAUUUGGAUUUAGAGAAGAAAAUCGUUGAGACUUCUGAUGAUCCAGUUCUUGUGAUAAAGCGUAUUGAAAAUCAGAAAACUGCUGGGAUCAGCAACCUUUCUAAUAAUAAUUAAAAAGUUCAUGAAGAUUCUUGCUUGUACAUUGGUUGAUAACAGCUUUUUAUGUAUUUGGCGUUCACAAACAUUUUUCAGUGGCUUCUAGAAAUGUUUUCAAUAACCUUCUCUUUAAAACUUAGAAUGGCACUACAUACAAAAGCUACUUGGAGAGAGUUAUGUGUGUUAGCUUAAAUGAGAAAAUAUUUCCACUUUUAUUAGUUCACAUCUGUGAAAGCUAAGUCUACUAACUUUUUACAAGUUAUUUGUAUAACUCCAUAGUUUUCUAAUGUGUAUUCAAUACUUAAAAUCUUAUAACAUAAAGGGUGUUUAUGGAGUAUUUUGAUGUGCACAAUUUAAGGUUCGAGUGUACGUCACAUAAUUGUAUGUAACUUUGCUUAUUUGAUGGUACUAUAGAAAGCAAAAUGAACAAAUGCCAAUUUUCUUUAUUCAUCAUAGCUGAGACCAUGUAUUUAUUUUCUAAAUUUAUCGAAUUUUUUAAUUCAUACAAAAAAAUUCUUCCUAUGUAAGCAUCUGAAAUGAUCAUUGAUUGAGUUACUCAGUUGCGCCAUAGGAUAAAUAAUCUAGGCUACAUUUUAUCGAUAUUGAUUUAGAUAAUAGGAAAUAAUAUUUUAGACUAGUUCAAUGUGGCCUUCCUUAAAUAUAUGACCCAGAUGUGUGUCAAGUAGACAAUUCCUUCGAAACUUUAGGCGAUAUUAUAUAUUCUCCAAUACUUUAAAAGAUUAAUAUUUGUAAAGGUGCAAUCGGAUUCGUUUCGAUAUAUGCAACAUUUUUGUUGUCUUUAAUAUAUAAUUCAAAUGCUAACAAUUGUACUAUGUGCAUUAUUCACUGCAGUACAUAUACUUAAGACACAUUGGUUGCAUAUAAGAUUAAUGCGCAAAUUAGGUACAGAGUAUUCACCGAUAAACGCACAAUCACAUAACAUUUAUGUACACAUGCUAAACUUUUCAUAUAUCGUCCAUUUACACAUAUCUGUGUGCAUAGAUGUAACAUAAUCUCGUGAGUGUGCAUAAUAACAACGACAUGAUAUUUCUGACAAGCAGAGAUAUCUUAGUAAAUUAGUAAUAUAGUAAUUAUAGUACAUUGAAGAGAAAAAAAAAUAUAUAUAUAUACAAUAGCGACACAUUGUGUUGGCUUCUUUGAUGUCAGUUGUUGGGUCUGUGUGAUCUUAAAACUGCCUCGAGCAUCUGAUUGGUGUUAUGAGAAUACUUGAAUAAUUUAAUUGAAACAUUGUACUUGGUAAUGCUAUGAAAUGACCUAACCACUGCUGCCUAAUAUAGUAUAAAGCAUAUUACAUAUAUUAACAAAAUAGGGUUUGUGAGAUAAUAACGACAGUUUUAGAUAUAUCAUUCUUUUAUAGAUAAUAUAUGUAGUUCAAUACUUGCAAAAUGUAAUACAUUUAUAGUGAUGUGUAUGCUUUGUUUUGUUCUGUGAGGUACUUAGUACAAGGAUUCUAGAAAUAGAGUAAAAUUUUCUCCUUUAAGAGCACACUUUUUGAAAGAUAUUAUAUAUGUAGUUUAGACAUGUUUAAAUAUAUCCUCUUUAAGGAUUUAGUGUGGGAUAUUAACACGUUUUGAAAAAUAAUGUAUUUGUAAUUCAGGAAUUUUCUGCAUUUACUCCAUCUUUAAGAAUAAGAGAAUAAUGAAUUCCUUAGAUCUCCUAGAACAUUAGAAUGUAGAAUGGGGUUUUUUCAAAGCUAUAGAAGAUACAGUUGUAUCUUCUUUCUACUAAUAUCACAUCCGCCCAAUAUUAAAUGCAGAUUCACUCAGAUACGACAUUGAAAUAUGGAAGCCUAGGCAUGCUUUAAAUCACUAUUAUCCGUGUCGCUACUGUAUAUCAUUUUACAUCAUGACUUUAGGAAAGUAUAAAUUUAAUCGAUUAUAUUAUAAUGCUUCAUGAAAGCAAUUGUUUUUCACGUUAUAUAUUAUUAUCAGUUUUACUUCGUGUUAAGUGACCACUAGUAUUCAAGACUUUAUAUCUCUUAGCAAACUUGCUACGCUUAUUCGUGGUUAACUUUAACCAGGGAUGUGAGGUCAAUAGGAUUUCACUGCCCAAACAUAUUUAUGCACAAAUUUAAAAAAUUAUAAUUGUAAAAUGGAAGUUUAUGUUAAGUUGAUAAAUCUUACAUUUAUUUUAUUUAGAUUUCCUAUGGCCUCAUAAUUCUAGCUAAUCGCACACAAACGGCAAUGCUAUUUUUGUACAACUAUGUUUAACAAUUUUAUGAAUAUCUAAAUGUUGGGGCCAAUCAGAUUGUAUUUCUGUAAAAGCUAAUUAUCACAUCCCCAGUUAAGGUUUAAUCUGUAUAAGAAAAUACUUAUCAUUCGGGAGCAUGCAUUAUUUGUGUAUUUGUAUAUAAUUGCAAGGAUUUCUAAAGCAAUUGUAAAAAAAAAUAUAUGUCGAUAGAUAUGUCUUCGGUAGUGCGUAUAGUAUGAUUGAGUGGUCGUUCCAAAUGUUGAAAGUUGUGUUUUAGUUUUUCAAAUAUAUAUAAUCAGGGAUCUUCUUUUAUUAA